AUGCCGUCUAAAAAGAUCUACUCUUCAGAGCUCGGCAUCGAUCUCGACACAGGCAACGAAGCCGAGUGCUUUAAAUGGUUCAUGGCAUGUCUACUAUUCGCCAAACCCAUCCAACAACAAAUAGCAAAACAGGCAUUCCUAGACCUCACACAGGCAGGCAUCACGUCCCCCAAUGCUCUCGAGGAUGCCGGAUGGAACAAGCUAGUGGAAAUACUUGAUGGGGCGCAUUACACCCGCUAUGACUUUUCCACUGCUGACACGUUACUCGAAAACGCGAAUGGUCUCAAGAAAAGAUAUGGGACUUUUGGGGAUUUGUUGAAGCAAUUUACCUCGACCGCUCAAUUAUCUGAACGCUUGCAGGAGUUCAAGGGCGUGGGACCGAAGACUGUGGAGAUAUUUCUGCGAGAUAUGACUCCGGUGCUUCAGAGCAAGUGGGGAUAUAGUACAUAG